AUGACCAUCACCAUCUCCCCCGUGGAAGCCGACGACAUCAAAGCCCUCAUCCGCCUCAAUGAAGCCGCCUUCUCAUGGACGUACUCCCUCCUCUUCGAUGGUCCCCUUAAAGAAUCCACAAUCGAUGCUAUAGCCGAGAAACGCAUCAAAGCACUCCACGAACAAGACGAAAAGAGCGGAAGUCAAGGCCAAGAACAUCCCGCCAACAAGUCUUUCGACUUCAAAGCAGUUGAUGACUCCACCGGCGAAAUCGUCGGCGAAGCUCACUGGAUGAUAUACUACGAGGAUGAAGAACUCACCAAAUCCAUCGAGGACGAAGUCGAGGAUCGCAUCAAUCCGCCGAUACCUCAGAUGCAGGUGCAACCUACGGCCGAAUUUGGGCGAAUCCUAGCCACUACUAAACGCGAAACCCUUGCUGUCCCGUCUGAGACUGGAGAGACGACGGCGGAUCCCGGUGCACCUAUCAAAUUACGCAAAAGGGUGUAUUUAGGUGUCUUGGUUGUUCAUCCAAAUCAUCAAAAGAGAGGCAUAGGACGCCAGUUGCUUCAGUGGGGGCUUGAUGAGGCUGAUAGAUUAGGGCUGGUCACCUAUCUUGAGGCGUCGACGGAUGGGGUCAGAUUGUAUGAAUCAGCUGGGUUCGAGAAGUUGAAGGAUGUGUUCAUGAAUUUGAGACCGUUUGGUGCAAAGGGGGAUCUGCCUAUACGGUUGAUGAUAAGGCAGCCCAAACCUACGAAUUGA